AUGGAGGGACCAGAAGUGACAUUUUUAUUCCAGUUUGGUUUAACUCGUGAUACUGUUACAGUUGAAAGCAGUACAUUGACUCUUAAGACUCUUAAAGAAUUUGCUUGUGACUUUAUAAAUACGAAGUGUCCAGAACAUGGUUUAAAUCAUUUAUUUGAACGAUUGCUUUUAUUUAAGCAUGACUAUAAUUCCACUAAUAUCUUACAACUUAUUACAAACGCCACUGAAGUUGUUGAUGAGACAUUGGUAGAAAUUGUUUUGACUGCACAAGUGCCAAAUGAAGAAGUUCCCAUUCGUCCCCAUGCUUUGACUGUUCAUUCAUAUAAAGUUCCAACAUUUUGCGAUUUUUGUGGAGAAAUGUUAUUUGGCCUUGUUCGCCAAGGUCUAAAAUGUGAAGGUUGUGGAAUGAAUUAUCAUAAAAGAUGUGUUAUAAAAGUACCUAAUAAUUGCUCACAUGAUGUUAGUCAAAGACGGCGCAGUUCUGCAAUGUUAAAUGUACCAAGGUCUCCAAGUCAAGGAUCUACUAGUAGUUUGACCAGCAUUAGUGAUGAUAAUCAUAGUACAAAUAAUACACCGAAUGCAAGUCAAAAUAACAGUACUUUGACAAUACCAAGUAUAAUGGCACCAAAACAAUCUCGCUCUCCUUCAUUGGGAGGACGACCAGUGUGGGUUGAACGAGAACUUGCAACACGUAUAAAAAUUCCACAUACAUUUGUGGUACAUACUUAUACCAGGCCAACUGUAUGUGGAUAUUGUAAAAAAUUAUUACGAGGUUUAUUUAAACAAGGCCUACAGUGCAAAGAUUGUCAAUAUAAUGCACACAAGAAAUGUAUAGAAAAAAUACCGAAAGACUGUACUGGAGAAAAUCCACGUGACAAUACAGGUAACGAAUAUCCUGAUAGCGGUGUCGGCAGUGAACCGGAAGGAAAAUGUGACGGUAGAAAUGAAGAGGCCGAUGGCGAUAGUGAUGCUGAAUCUCCUUCACCUCCUCAGCACUCAUCUUUUGUAGUAGAUGAAACAAAAGCAUCUGAUGAAUAUACUGACCAAGUUCCAUGCAGUGAUGAUAUUAUUUAUGAUGAAUUUCAAAAAUCUAGACCGUCAAGUUGCAGUUCUACACCAAGCAAUAAUAUUCCUCUAAUGCGCAUAGUGCAAAGUGUUAAACAUACAAAACGACGUGGUUCGAAAGUUUUAAAAGAAGGUUGGAUGGUACACUUUACAAGCCGUGAUCCAAUGCGAAAGAAACAUUAUUGGCGCCUUGAUACAAAAGCUAUAACAUUAUUCCAAAAUGAAAAUAGUUCCAAAUAUUAUAAAGAAAUUCCAUUGGUUGAAAUAUUGUCUAUUGAAACUGCUGAGACAUCUCGUUCACAAACAAUCCAUUGUUUUGAGUUAAAAACUGCCAAUAUUGAUUAUUAUGUUGGAGAAGAUCCUUCAUAUGGAGAAAAUUGUAGUCAAGUUCCUCCACCAGAAAGUGGUAUUGGAGCACACAUAGCUAGGUCAUGGGAAACUAGUAUUAGGCAAGCAUUGAUGCCUGUUACUAUAUCAGCCAGUCAAGAAGAAUCUACAGAACCUGAGGAAAAUAUUACUGAUAUGUCUCAAUUAUAUGAAAUCUUUCCAGAUGAAGUUCUAGGUUCUGGCCAAUUUGGUACAGUGUAUGGAGGCAUUCAUCGUAAAAGUGAACGAGCAGUCGCCAUUAAAGUUAUUGAUAAGUUACGUUUUCCUACAAAACAAGAAGCGCAGCUUAAGAACGAGGUUGCUAUCCUCCAAAAUCUGUCGCAUAGUGGAGUUGUUAAUCUAGAACGAAUGUUCGAAACUCCUGAACGAAUAUUUGUGGUUAUGGAAAAAUUAAAAGGCGAUAUGCUGGAAAUGAUAUUAAGUUCAGAACGUGGCCGUCUUAGUGAAAGAGUAACUAAAUUUCUGAUUACACAGAUAUUAGUAGCAUUAAAACAUCUACAUAGCAAAAAUAUAGUACAUUGUGAUUUAAAACCUGAAAAUGUAUUGUUAAGCAGUGAUAACGAAUUUACACAAGUAAAACUAUGCGAUUUUGGUUUUGCAAGAAUUAUAGGAGAAAAAAGUUUCAGAAGAAGUGUUGUUGGUACUCCAGCAUAUCUAGCACCAGAAGUUUUAAGAAAUAAAGGUUAUAAUCGUUCUUUAGAUAUGUGGAGUGUUGGUGUAAUUAUUUACGUAUCAUUAAGUGGUACAUUCCCAUUUAAUGAAGAAGAAGAUAUUAAUGAACAAAUUCAAAAUGCUGCUUUUAUGUAUCCACCUAUGCCUUGGCAAGAAAUCUCAUCUGAUGCAAUUGAUUUAAUCAGUAAUUUGUUACAAGUAAAACAACGAAAACGUUAUACCGUAGAUAAGAGUUUACAACAUGUAUGGCUUCAAGAUUAUCAAACAUGGUGUGAUUUACGAGAAUUAGAAGCAAAAGUAGGAUAUCGUUAUUUAACUCACGAAAGUGAUGAUGCCCGAUGGUCAGCAUACAGUAACCAGCGUACAUGACAGAACUCUCUGCCUACAUUAAACAUCGA